CCUGCUCCUGCUCCAUCAGCACAGCAGCAAAGUUCCUGCUGCUCCUUCCCCGUGUGGAUCUGAGCCUGAACGGGGCAGGAUCCCCCCAGGGAGCCCCCCACAGCCCCGGGAUGCAGGGAAUCAGCCCCACUGCCCGUGCUGAAAUACCUCUGGGGAAAUAAAGGCAGGAUUCCAGGCUCUGAGUCCCAUCCCUGCGUGGCACAGGAGGCUGCUGUGCUCAGGAUCUCCUUCCCAGAUGCUCAGAGGGGCUGUGCUGCCUUCUGGAGACUGAGGAGGGGGUGAGGAUCUGCAGAGAGCAAACUCCACUCUUCCCCUCAGAGCAAGCCAGGAGCUGAUGUGAAUGAGCUUUAACUCGCAGCCCAGGACCUCGACUGAUGAGGGCUCCACAUGUGGAAAGCUCUGACUGACAGCCUGGACCUGAGGAUGGGGAGUGAUGGGUUCCUCACACAAAACUGCUGAGCAGACACAGCAGCAGCCUCCACCCUGGCAGGUUUCUAAGCCAAUUUUAAGGCAGAAUCAGGACUAACACCAGGCAAUUAAGAGCAUCAGUGAUUUCCUCUCAGGAGAAGCUAAAUUGGAGACCUUUUGGAAUAUUUGCUUUCCUUAAAUACAGAACCUUCCCCAAAAGACAGAAAUGACUUUAACCUGCAACUCCAGUAUUUCUCAUUGCAUAACCCUGGAAAGUGGGGUAAACAGCCUCAGGUUUGUGUUUCCCACUUGUGCACCCCAAGGAACACGCAGAAGGAGUUAAAUUUGACUGGGAGCUGGUGAGUAUCAACUGUGCUGUUCUGGUGAGAGCUUGGGAGCCAAGCAAGGCCAGGCAAAUGUUGCCAAUCAGACCUUCCAAGAAGUGAUUUUGUUCCUGCCUGGAAGUGAAGUCCAGCAGCCUCACAUGGACAUUCCCAGCCAUGGCUUUCCUCCCUGGAAACUCCUCCGAGUGCUCCAACUGCACCCACUUUGUGGAGCCCGUGAACAUUUCCAAGGCCAUCUUACUGGGUAUUAUUCUGGGGGGGCUGAUUGUUUUUGGGGUUUUGGGUAACAUCCUGGUGAUCCUGUCCGUAGCCUGCCACAGACACCUCCAGAGUGUCACCCACUAUUACAUCAUCAACCUGGCCGUAGCUGAUCUUCUCCUGACUUCUACCGUCCUGCCCUUCUCAGCUACCAUGGAGAUUUUGGGCUACUGGGUGUUUGGGAGGAUCUUCUGCAACAUCUGGGCAGCUGUUGACGUGCUUUGCUGCACUGCUUCCAUCAUGAGCCUCUGCAUCAUCUCCAUCGACCGGUACAUCGGGGUGAGCUAUCCGCUGAGGUACCCCAGCAUAGUGACAGAGAGGAGGGGGCUGCUGGCCCUGCUGUGUGUCUGGGCACUGUCCCUGGUCAUCUCCAUCGGGCCCCUUUUUGGCUGGAAGGAGCCGGCCCCGGAGGACGAGACCAUCUGCCAGAUCACCGAGGAGCCCGGCUACGUCUUGUUCUCGGCGCUGGGCUCCUUCUACCUGCCCCUGAUCAUCAUCCUGGUGAUGUACUGCCGCGUCUACGUGGUGGCCAAGAGGGAAAACAAAGGGCUGAGCUCCGGGCUGAAGACAGAGAAAUCCCAUUCUGAGGAGGUGACGCUCCGCAUCCACCGCAAGAACGCGCCCGGUGCCGGCGGCUCCGCGCCCAACCCCAAGAGCAAGCACCACUUCUCCGUGCGCCUGCUCAAGUUCUCCAGGGAAAAGAAAGCUGCCAAGACCCUGGGGAUAGUUGUAGGAUGCUUCGUUCUGUGCUGGCUCCCGUUUUUUGUGGUCAUGCCUCUUGGUUCUUUCUUUCCUGCAAUCAAACCCCCGGACACACUUUUUAAAAUAACAUUCUGGCUGGGAUAUUUAAACAGCUGCAUCAACCCCAUCAUCUAUCCAUGCUCAAGUCAAGAGUUCAAGAAAGCGUUCCAGAACGUCCUGAAAGCUCAGUGCCUCCUGAGGAAGCAGCCAGCAAAGAAGCAAACCCCCAGCUUCAACCUCAACCAUCCUGCUGGCCAGAGCGUGGGGAGUGCCAAAGGGGUGGUCAGGAUCCCCGUGGGGUCGGGAGAAACCUUCUACAAGAUUUCCAAGUCGGACGGGGUGUGCGAGUGGAAGAUCUUCUCCGCCGCGCCCACCAAAAGCGCCGCUCCCAAAGACUGCACGGCUGCCAAAGCCAAGAGCAAGGGGUUCCUGCAGGAAUGCUGCUGUGCAGGCGCUGCAGGGAGCCUCGUGCACGAGAACUGCAAAGUGCCAGCCAUCAAAAUCCACUCCAUGUCCCUGAGCGAGGGCGGGGAGGACGUGUAGGCGGCUGGCACCGCCGGGGCGUCGCGCGAUGUCGGUGUUCCAUGGGGAGCAGGAGGAGCUGUGGUUGGAAGGAUCAAGGUGGGCCAGAUCUGCCCAGGAGGGGUGUCUGAGUGCUAGGAGCACGAAUGGAGCCCCUCAAAGACAGUGCAGUGGGUUCUGAGGGUCCAGCACCGUGCAGGGUAUUUAAAGGGCAUUCAUCCCUCCAUUCUCCUCUGCUAGAGUUUCCACUGCUCUCAUUCAGGGGCAGUGGAGGAGAAAGAGAGAGCCACAAAGACCCUGUGCUGAUUUCAGCCUCGACACUGACAGCUCCACCUUCAGAGCCACUUUGUGAUUCCACCCCUCCCCAUAAAAGCAAACCUCAGCUGUGGAUUUCAGCUCCAUUGCCAAGGAAAACUUGAUCCAACUGACUGCACUCCACCGAGCUUCAGAGACCAAGGAGAACUUUUCCUUUUUGUACAAUCAGCCUCCCUAACCUCCACACCAAACCAAACGAAAAUUUGCAUGUGCCCCUGGUUUGUUCAGACCAUCCCUGUGCCUUGAUACGGGUCUAAUAAAACUCAAAACUGGGUAAGUCCUCAUCAAACAGGGUUCAAAGAGCUCACUUGCAUUCAUCCUUUUGGUUUUUAUCUUCUGAGUCCAUCAGGACCCUGCUGAAAGGCUCAGUGAUUCCUUGCUCAGGUGCUCCAUAGCCAGACCAGUGCCACAGUCACUGGAAAAGCUGCAGAUUUUUCCUGUCUCCCUGCCCAGUGUUUUGCUACAUUCCUUUUCCUGACUCCUUCAAUACCAAGUGCUCAAAGCUUUCUGUGAGAUCCUGGGUACUCUGGAGUCAGGAACUUUCCCCUUGUUCUGAGCAGGGGGAGUUAAGCAUGUUAAAAGGCUUAAGGACAUCCAUCCCCAUGAGAAAGGGCCAUCCCUUGGGAAUAGGGGAGCAAAGCCUUUGGAAGCAUGUCAUAUUUUAAUACAGCUAAUCCAAAUAAAAAAAUUAAUGAAAUGGCCCAGCAUCUGGAAGAAACAGUGGGAGGAAUUCUCUGUACAAUAUUAGAAAUAGGCAGCUCUUGACAUAACUCCUCCUGAGCCUGCCAAGUAAGAAUUCAGCUCCUUGAAACAACACACGAGCCCCUACCCUUGUCUGUGUCAGCUGUGCUGAGGAUCCACUGCCCUGAAAAGAGAAAGGGCAGAGAUAAGGGUCCUUAUCACAAGAGAGGACCUUAAACACCACCUUAGUGAUGUUGGUGAGAAACAUUGUUUAUUUAUCUCUCACUUAGCAUUAAGUCCCCAAUGCCAAGAGGAUUUGUCUCCUGUGUAUUUUAUUUGUGCACUCACAGAGCACAAAUCUGUAGCAUGAUCCCAGUUUUAACUUGAGUAAGAAAUCCAUCUCGCUCCUAAGGUUCUUCAAGCCUAGAAUUUGAAGUUAAAAGUGUGGAAAUACCAUGUAAGAAAAUAUUCUCAUGGUGCUUCAAGCCAAGAGCAGAAGGAGAAAAGCUGGAAAUGUCAUAAGAAAGUCACGUGGCACUCGUGGCUGAGGUUUCCAGUCUCACAGGGUUCAGAUACGUGGGACGUGUAUUUCAACAAAACCUGAACUCUGAAACAUUUUGAAAAAAAACACCCCUUAAAUUGAGCAAGACUAGCAAGAUUUAAAGUCUUUACUGCACACCCUUGGUGCCCAACCCUGUCUUAUUCUGCAACCAAUCCCUGUUUUAUAACCAGCAAGGUCCUUUUUGCCAACUCUCCUUUGGAGCUGGGACGUUUACACAGGGCUGCUGCAGUAAUUUCAGAUUUAUUGAGGUUUCAUGGUGUCAGGCAAGGAGUUGUUGUGGAGCUGCACAUGGAAGCUGCCACAACUGGAUUAAUUGAACUCCAGAGCAAUCCUGAUGCAGCAAUAUAAUCUGACCCUGUGAGGCAAAGAUAAAUAAGUCAACCUGCUGCUGGCAGUGUCAGGAUGGAUGUGGAUGUAGCACAGUUCUAAUAGCAGAGAGAUGGAAUAAUGAAGUCUUGGUCUCAUCUUCAUCCUUUUUUUUAGGAUGAAGGAGCUCUCUGUGUGCAGUGACUCUGAAAAGUGCCAGCCCUCAGCAUCAGGUGAGCCUGGUCCCAGCCACACCUCUGCUGCUGCCAGGUUUGCCAGCAAAAACAAACACAGCAUUUGUUUGGCUCCCCCAGAGAAUUUCUGCAGCAAAACUGCCCUGGUUGCAACAGGGGUCAUUGGCACUUGUCAUCUCGGUGGAUAUUUGGACUGAAAAGUCUCAAAAACCAUAGAAGGAGCUCUAGGAAACAGGAAAAAAACAAGAGUUCAGUUUUAAGCAGCCCAUUUUUUUCUGUUAUUUAAAGUGAACUUGGCACUGGUGAAAGAGCUGCAGCCACAGAGGCUGAAUGGAUCUGUCUGUCUAAAAGCACAAACAGCACAAGAGGUUUUCCCAGAGGCUGGACAUCAAUCAACACUUGUAAAACCUCCCCAGCCUCAGGAUUCUGUGGUGUGAAAGCUGGCAGGAGCACGGAGCAGAGGUCAGAGGGUGGGAAUGGGAGCAGGGCAGUGCCAGGAGCUCCCUCAGAGCCACACCCAGAGCACACCUGGCAUGGGAUGUGUCCUGCCCAAAACCUCCAACAUCCCCUCACAUCAGGGGCUUCUGCUGGAGUGACACCAAGAUUUCCCUGUUGGGAGUAGUCUCUGCUGCAGAAUUGAGAGCUGGAGCAUCACAGAGAUGAUUCUUAAUUUGCACAGCCUGAGGUGAAGCAGAUCCCUGACCCCUCUUCAUCCCAGGGCAGGGAAAGUUCAGUAGUCCAGUUUCCACAGACAGCUCAGAUCUACUAUCUGAUGGUUUUGAGGCUUUGUGUACUUUGCAAGAUUAUUCAAAUCCCAAAUAUUUAAGUUCUGCCCACUAUCCAAAUAAAUGUCUUCACAUUUUUAUAUUCUUUCUUUGUGCCAACUCCAAGGAUAAAUUGUACAUUGUGUAAAAGAAUAUUCUCCUUUGCCAGGCCUUAAUGUCCUGAAAAUCCAUAGCACUGAAAAGAAGGAAGAUUCAGCCAGGAAUAUUUCUUGCUUCUCUACUUGGAGUAAGCAAAUGGAUUUCACAAAAUUUUACAAAAUUUCCCUGCCUGACUUUCUCAAUUUUUUGAAAGGUAACAGUGACAGGCUGCAGCACCUUGUAGUGAUUGAAGUUAGUUAAAAAGGUCUGAUUGUUUGCUGAAGUGGAAGUGCCCAGUUCUAGGUGAGCCUUGAGCCACUGCUGCUCCUGUCUCAGGGGGUUUUAUUGGGAACUUCAUUUUAAAAUAAAACUCCUGAGGCACAGAGCAGCUCAGUGAUUCAUCCAGCAGGGCUUCAGAUGGAUAAUUAACUGCACAUCCUACCCAGACAUACCUUGAUCCUCUUUCCUGUCUUGGUGUGCUUUGGAUAAGACAAUGUUGAAAUUCAGGAGGACAGGCUGUUGACACCAAUUAUUCCUGGAUGAUCUCUUCCGACACAGAGAAAAACCAGUUGGUCUUCAAAGUGUUGCACUUAGCUCCAGGCAAAUUUGGGAUCUGCACCAGUGCUCUUUGUCAGAAGGAAAAAAUCCAACAGGUUGUGAGAGAGCUGCACCUGCUCUCUGCCUGCACUCCUCACACACUCAAAUAUUUGUGAAGGUAUUUUGUGUUACAAAAAUCUCAAGAUGCUACAGAAGUAGCUCGUGGUGAAUUAAAAUAGAGAAUUAAAAUAGAGAAUUAAAAUAGAGAAUUAAAAUAGAGAAUUAAAAUAGAGAUCUCCCCCCCAGCCUGGGAGAUGGGAUGGAAUCUCUGAUUUCCUGAGAGGAGAUGGAGCAUUUGUCUCAGGGGUUGCAGUGAAAUGUCAUUCCUCCUCUGCUGAGCACGCUGCAUGAUUCUCAUGGAGACAGAGAAGGAGAAAAUAGCAAAUGUGAGCUAAAGGGAAUGAAUUGCUGAGGAGGAGAGCUCUGGACAGCAAACAGCACAUGUGUCAGUCCCACAGGGGCUCAGAGCUCCAGUAAUUCACAUUUCUGUCCCAGCUCUGAGCUCAAAACCCAGCACCAGGCACAGCCUCUCCUUCAGCAUCAGGGUGACACCAAGAUCUUUUUCAGAGUCAAAAACCUCCACGUGUUAAUAGUGAAAAUAAACAUGAUUUUACAUGGAUUAAAUUUUCUCACAUUAAUCCAAAUUUCUUUUAUCAGCCCUAAUAAACCAUUUUCUGAAGCAGGAAAACUCAAACCUGCCCAGAAUUUCAGAUUUCCACUUUCAAAUCGAGUCCAUUCAGCCAAUAAUAGAAAACCUCCCUGAAUUUCACUGAAUAUUCAAUUCUUCCUGACAGUACAAAUGUGGGAAUUGUAUACAAGAAGCUGGUUUGGGCUUUUUUUUAAUUUUUUUUUUUUUUCUGCUUUGCCAGUCUUUGUUUGCAAAAAAGUUUUUGGUUUGUUUUUUUCUUUUUGCCUGCAUGUUGUACAAGUUUGGCUGGUUUUAAAAGAUUUCUCCUGAAACAGGCACUGCCUUUUCUGAAUGUGUCAUUGAAUUCUCUAUGUUCUGUUUUUCAGCUGUAUCAUGUUUGAACAGUCCAUGCUGGUCAUUGCCCUGAACAAAAUACUGAAUGUAUAUGAAAUCUUGCUAAAGAUAAAUAAAUUAUUGGGGGGGAUGUGUACUUUGGGAUAUGUGAGCUGCAA